GAUUUUAUCACGCGAUCAUACACUCUAUAAGUCAUAAUGAUAACAGCUAUCGAGAUAAUUAAGAUUUGUUGUAAAAGGCAGUCUGUCUCUUCUCUUUUCUCUUCUCUGAUGAUGGUAAUUCAGGAAGAAUUGAUGUAACCAUAUGUAACGCUGCAUUGUUUCUUAAAGAGGGAUUUUAUAAAAUGUAAAAUGCGAAAAGGAUAAAUCCUGAGAAGUGGCUAAACAAUAAACGGACUGAAAAAAUGGGUGCAAGAAGAAGGCGCUAUGAAGAAUGCUCUCAUCGUCGGAUUGGCGGAGCUAAUCGGUACAGCUAUGCUGGUGUUCUUGGGAUGUAUGGGUUGUAUUGCUGGUCUUGGCGUCGUGCCUUUCCAUUUACAGAUAACGGUGACAUUUGGUUUAACAGUUAUGGUUGUAAUUCAGUGCAUCGGCCAUCUCAGUCAAGCUCAUAUUAAUCCAGCCGUCACUGUAGGAGCUGUCAUUCUUGGGAAAAAAACCAUUCCUGAGGCUUUAGUUUACUUUGUGUCACAGAUGAUGGGUGCUAUUCUGGGUUAUGGUAUGUUGAAGGUGGUGACACCGAAGGAUAAUCUGACGGCUGCACCUGGUAAGAUUGAUCAAGCCGAUAUGUUUUGCGUGACUGGUCUGCACGCCGAUCUAUCUGCAAUUCAGGGCUUGAUUAUCGAGGGGAUCGCGACUGCUAUUCUGAUGAUGAUAGUAUGCUCCGUUUGGGAUCCAAGAAACGAGAAAAAUACAGACUCAGUGCCGAUCAAGUUCGGUUUAACAGUGAUUGUGCUAGCGACCGCGACCGGACCUUACACCGGUUGCAGCCUGAAUCCUGCAAGAUCGUUCGCGCCUGCAUUAUGGAAUAAUCAGUGGAGGCAUCAGUGGAUCUAUUGGUUCGGACCGAUCGGCGGCGCCCUUAUUUCCUCAUUCAUAUACAAAUCUAUCUUCGGCAUUCCCGAAAAAAUCGAGGAAGAAGAGCCUGUACCUGAAGCUAUCGCGCUUAACAGCGUGGAUCUCCACAAAACAGAGCAGUCAUAAUUUGGUGGCAAGGACGGACACGACGACCGUACUAACGGACGAUAAGAAGCUAAAACUCGAUCGACGCUUUCUCAAUGCGAGGAAUAUCUUCCGGACUUGCGAGAGAUAGGGUAAGAUAGGUGCUUUAGAACACAUGGAUGAUUCAAUGGCGAGUCCAGAUGGCCAGGAUCGCGAGGAAGCUUCCGAAGCUCAACCAGGAUAUACUCACAAUACCUGGGGUACACAGGAUAGACAAUCGUCUCGAUUCGACCGCUGAAUAGUACGUGUUAGUCGUCAACGUAAACUGAUGCAGCAGUCAUCACAUGUGUACAUCAUGUACAACCGCAAGUCACGCUGUUUCAUUGUCAGUUAACUCUAGAAAUGCGCAUCAUUAUAAAUCAUUGCCUUCGACAAUCCGGUGUGAACGUAAUUCAAUUAAGGUAGAGAACGAGACGUAAACUAUCGUAAUUGUGAACGUAAAAUAACAUAGAAAAAAACAUAUACGUAACCCCAUCCACACAAUAGCUUUUCACGACUUACGUAUAUACGUUUUUCUUUGCUUUACCUGACGUCCACGAUUACAACAGUUACAUAUCGUUCUCUGUCAUCAGCUUAAAACAAUAGUAAGUGAAAAUCAACAUUCGAGUUCGAAUCAACAUUCAAAUUGAAUUAAAACUUGAAUGUGACCCAAUUAGGUUAAUACACCUCCAAUUUCAUCGAGUCUAAUUAAGUGUAGCGUGAUGUCUGCCUAUUUAUUCAGGGAUUUAAACUCACAGUAAAACUCUUGUGUGAUGCGUGAAAGCAAUCUUGACACAGUGCCCUCGUAAUCGCGAUAAAACGUUAAUUGUAAUUAUAUGAAAUGUGAAAUUAAUUCCAAGUGAACCGUUAUUUUGCCACUUUCUCUCUAUAAUAUAGUGUACGUUCGUUUGUUAUAAGUGUCCAGAUCAUCUAAAUGAGUUUAUUGUAUGUGUAUAUAUUUACUUGCUCUUUCUAUCCAUUAUACGCUAGAGACAAGUUACACACCUGCGACUUAAUAGAGAGAAUGUGUAGCGAAAAAAAUAAAUUUGUAAAAUGUACCUAGUCAUGCACGCGUGUGCGUUAAUAUUUUAACUUUUACUAUAUACG